AUGGAUUGGACAAUGCCCGAUCGACCUCGCCGACUAGUGACCUAUGGCAAGCUGGCCCAUAACCGGACUGAGCGAAAACCGCGAUUGCACACCACCCAGGCUCAAGAGGAGAAACACAGCAAUGGAAGAGACCGUUUACCCAGCUUGCAUGAAUCGGCUGAGGAAACUGCGACAGAUAGGCGGACUUUUGUCGAGCCUCAUGGCUCUGCGUCUCCCAGUCAAAGAAGCCGACCAAGCAACAGGUCUCCGAAGCGACGCAAACUCUCGCCCAAAGGUGAUGACGAGGUUUCGCCCAUCAGUAGUCCUCGGCCUAGAACUCGGCGUGCCGCUGCUACACAAACCACGUAUGGGCGCAAGGAUUCGUUACGCCGUUCAUUUUCCGACAUACCAGAUGCGAAGGGACGUUCAAAUACUAGAUUGAGUCGGUCACCAGAUCGUUUCUCCGACCACGCAGUUUCCUCGAACAGCCGCAUUACUCCUCCUCGUCACACUGAAGCGGCUUCUCACGCAGCUGCAACUCCGUCGAGAAGGCGCCUGGUCGAUUCAUUACGCGCGCUGGAUGAUCAGGCAGACAGCUCGCAUAGUGACCUCGAUUCACCACAACGUUUGUCCGAUACGGGCGUAUCUAGAGAAUCCACCCCAAUACACACCGGCUACGGAGACUCGCAAGCUCGUGAUAGCCAAAAAGAAUCGCAAUUGCGCCAAAUGGCUCACGAAGUAGCCGACAAUGCCGCAUCACCAAUGUCAGCCAGCCCCAAAAUUACUUAUUCCCGCCAACGAUCGUUCCUUCGCAAUAUUGACCUUCAGAGUGAUCCUAGUGGUGAUGCUACCGCUGAUUUAUACUCCUUACCGAUCCAGUCUAGCACACUUGAUACUACAAUUACAGAGGCAGAUCAAACCGAGAAUUCUCGGACCGUACGUAGUAUUCACGAGUUGCGACGGGCCGGCGUAAAUGCUCGUUUUCAAGGACUUGUCGACUCCGUUUUUGAAGAUAUCGAAGAUCGGUCCUCGUCUGCUUCGACCCGACGAAGCGGCUUUGUUCAGCUUUGUGAAAAAUUUCUUGAUGAAACCUUCACGCAGCGAUUUGUUGAAACUGGAGCUUUUGAGCGCCUAACAAAAUGCAUGCCGGCGCGGGGUGAUUUGAUCACAAUUCUACUCUCUGUAUAUGCCUGUGCACUGGUACUUCGACUGAGCCAUCUUCCUCCCACCGUAUAUACUGGCGUCUGGCCGAAACUCAUUGCCUCGGCGCCCACGCUACUGCCUUUGGAUGAUAGUACGCCUAAACUUAUUACGCAACGUCGCCAUGCUCUCUCCAGAAUAAAUCAAGCGGCUAUACGCGAUAUAUCUCUUCAAUUUGGCCGUCUUUCGAAUCUGGAUGAACAGGAGUCUCUUAGGUUGUCUCCUCGACGACUAGUACUGCGCUCUCUGCAUUCGACUAUGCGGAAAGUGCGGGAAAAGGACAUUGCUGAGACAAUACCGGUGGAGGUGAUCACCAAACUAGUGGAUAUACUUCUAGAACUCGCACAACAAGUUACGGAGCACGACAUUAGCCCGGACAAUUUUGUCGUCUUUGAAAGCAUCAUUUCAAUCCUCGAAACUUAUACGACGUCCUCGGAUAUUACGGGCAAGGCCCAGCAGGAUGUUUUGAUGCCACUUACCAAUUCCAGCCAUCUGCUAUCUUCAUUGGGCAAACGGAGUGAUCCUCAGGACAUCCAACUUUUGACUCUACAUCUCAGACUUAUUUUGAAUAUCACAAAUGCCAGCCCAAGUCUCUGUGAAAAUUUUGCCACAGUCGAACUCAUACAUGGGUUGAUGAUGAUUGUCCUGUCCAAUUAUUCCAUGGCCUCCGACGAGUUCAUCGACGAAAAGAAGGAUUCGCUCGAUACGAUCAUUUUGGCACUGGGCGCCUUGAUCAACUUGACGGAAGUGAGCGAGGCAGCGAGGCAAAACAUCCUGAACCAGAAGCAAGGCCCCGAAUCGCCGCUUGAACAAGUCAUUUCGAUAUUUACAAGUGGGCUGAAUACGGUGUCUGAGGCCGAUUCGGUGGUGCAAACACACUCGAAUGUCGCGUUCGGAUACCUUUCCAUACUCCUCUGCACGCUGUGCAUUGAGCGUGAAGGGUACGGUGUUGUCAAAGCUGCAUUGAAUGGAGUUGGCAUAGAAAGACUGUUGGCCACGGUAGAAGAAUUCCUGCACUACCAUCGCAAGGUGGACGAGGAGCUGCACCAGUCGCAAUCGCUCAAAGAGUUCACAUCCAGGCUGCAGAGGAUUCUGAACCAAGUCCGGGCAGUAGACCGGGCAUAG